AUGCCAAAAGACAAAUAUGAACCACCGAAUGAAAGACGGCAGCACAGGAUUAUGCAAAAACAUGAGAUAGCAGAAGGCAAGCAGUCUAGGUGGUCAGAGCUAGAAAUCUCAGGCUGUGUUCAGAAUCUGAGCCUCAACUUAUGGAAGGUGGAAUGGCUGACAGUGUUGUACCUGGACAACAACCACCUGUCCCACCUACCCUCACAGAUUGGGACACUAGUCAACCUUGAACACCUGGAUGCCUCGCACAACUUCAUUAAUCAGCUGCCACCAGAAAUUGGGGAUCUAGUGAACCUACGACAGCUCAAGUUAAGCUCAAACAGAAUACAAGAUUUGCCGUAUGAGCUGGGAAAGUGUUUCCAGUUGCAGACGCUGGAUCUCUCCAACAAUCCCUUGAACUUUGAUAUCAACAAGUACUACACAGAAAGCAUUGGCAAGCUGCUGGCGGUUCUCCUGGAUUCUAUGAACUGUGAGUACACCAUGUUUGCAGCCUCUUCUAUGU